ACAUUGUGGGGCAGCCUUUCUCGUCGUCUGCGCUUGGGAAGUUCAACAUCGAGCCGUCAGUAUCGAGUGUCCCAUCUCUACAGACUAGUCUGAAUUCAGCUACAAUAACAGAGGUAAAUAUGGCAGGUCAGGUCCCCUCCGUGGCCAGAGAUGCUGUUCUAAAAGCGAGUUGCACUCUCCCAGAGGACAUGCCACAGAUCAGAGGUUAUGAUUUUAAUCAGGGAGUCGACCACAGAGCUCUACUGCAGUCCUACUUCACCACAGGCUUCCAGGCUACUAGUUUUGCCAUGGCUGUACAGGAGGUCAAUAAUAUGAUUACCAAACGAUUGGAGCCUGUGGAGGAGCAGGAAAACCUCUGUGACUCUCAGCAGAGACAGUCAGGAUGUACCAUUUUCUUAGGCUACACAUCCAAUCUCAUCAGUUCCGGCGUCCGUGAGACCAUCCGCUACCUUGUCCAGCACAAAAUGGUGGAUGUGAUCGUGACAACAGCAGGAGGUAUUGAGGAAGAUAUCAUUAAAUGUUUGGCUCCCACCUAUCUGGGUGAGUUUAGCCUUCCAGGCAAAGAGCUACGACAGAGAGGUAUCAACAGAAUUGGCAACCUGCUUGCCCCUAAUGACAACUACUGCAAGUUUGAGGACUGGCUGAUGCCCAUCCUGGACCAAAUGGUGUUGGAGCAGAAAACGGAGGGCACAUGCUGGACUCCAUCAAAAAUGAUCCACAGACUAGGCAAAGAAAUCAACAACCCUGACUCUGUUUACUACUGGGCUUACAAGAAUGACAUCCCAGUAUUUAGUCCCGCCCUCACUGAUGGUUCAUUGGGUGAUAUGAUCUACUUCCAUUCCUAUAAGAACCCGGGACUGGUCUUGGACAUUGUGGAGGAUAUCCGGAGGUUGAAUAGUAAAGCUGUAUUUGCCAAAAGCACAGGCAUGAUCAUCCUGGGAGGAGGCCUUGUGAAGCACCACAUUGCCAAUGCCAAUCUUAUGAGAAAUGGUGCAGACUAUGUUGUGUACGUGAACACAGGGCAGGAGUUUGAUGGCUCAGACUCGGGGGCCAGACCAGAUGAGGCUGUGUCUUGGGGAAAAAUCCGCAUGGAUGCCAAACCUGUUAAAGUCUAUGCCGAUGCCUCUCUAGUCUUCCCCCUGCUGGUGGCUGAAACGUUUGCACGUCAUGCAAGCAAACUGGUGGCAGAAAAAAAGUGACUUGCACUGUCUGCUCUUCUCCUGUAGUUUCUCGUUCAUUUCAUCUGUCCUGAUUGCACCUUCUAUAACCAUUGAAAGAAGCUGUAAGAAGAUCGAAAUUUAUGGAUUUUUUUUUUUUUGCUGCAACAGGCUGAGUGUUUUAAGUAGUUUGAAAAAUCUUACAUUACAUUGUUGCACUAAAGUCUCAUCUCAUCAUCUCUAGCCGCUUUAUCCUGUUCUACAGGGUCGCAGGCAAGCUGGAGCCUAUCCCAGCUGACUACGGGCGAAAGGCGGGGUACACCCUGGACAAGUCGCCAGGUCAUCACAGGGCUGACAUAUAGACACACAACCAUUCACACUCACAUUCACACCUAUGGUCAAUUUAGAGUCACCAGUUAACCUAACCUGCAUUUCUUUGGACUGUGGGGGAAACCGGAGCACCCGGAGGAAACCCACGCGGACACGGGGAGAACAUGCAAACUCCGCACAGAAGGGCCCUCGCCGGCCACGGGGCUCGAACCCGGACCUUCUUGCUGUGAGGCGACAGCGCUAACCACUACACCACCAUGCCGCCCCGCACUAAAGUCUAUUAUUAUUUUAAUAAUAGAAAAAAAAAUUACUGACCACAAGGAAAAGUCAUUAUUAACUGAUCAGACUGAUGCGCUAUUGCUUUAGCCAUUCACUUGUUUUAUGUGAAUUUUAAAUUAUUGUUGUAGAUAGUGAAUAUGAAGUGUUGCUUUACAUUUGCAUGACAUAAUACCGUAUAUCAUCCUCUUAUGGCCCCAUUUAUGAUCUAAACAUCCAGGUUCAUGGGGGGAAAAAAAAAACUGGUUCCAAAACACCAACCAAGUUGUGCUAUCAUACUGAUUAUGGUGUUAUUCAGUGAUGCUACAUGGAAAGGUUAAAAGGAUCAAUAGGUCAACAAUGAAAGUAUUACAAAUAAGUCCUCUAUUAUAUUACUAGGUCUCAUUAUUGUAAUAAUUAGAAUGAUGUGGGGUCAAAUUGCUAAAUGGAUCUUGGGCAUGUACACAAGGUGAAGUGUUUCAAGACUAUAAUCUACUGGAUUCAUGCAGUUCAUGCAAGGCUGUGUCUCUGGGCUCUUGGUUUUAUUAUUUAUAGUUGCCUGAUGGAAAUAUAGUUUCAGAAGGAUGCUGAUAGUGACAGUCACCAGUGUUUGUUGUUUGGUGACUUCAUUCAUCCAAGGUUCAUUUGUUGGUGGCUUUUCACACAAUGAUAUCUCACUCACUACUCCUUCCCAAAUCCUGUAAUCUGCUGUACUUCACACAUUAAAUGAUAAAAAGAUUCA